UGGCGAAGCAAAUAACACAGCUAAGAUGACAAAGACUGCGUGGUGGAAGAAGAGACACGUUGCUUCACGGAUGCAGGUAUUUGAACCUAAACUUUGAUUUGAAAAUGACCCUUUAUAAUCUUGGGUCGCUUUUAAAAGUUGGAUAUUUUGAGCAGAAAACAAACACUAUCGACCACAAUAAAUGGAUAUGAUCAGACAAGAGUCGUCGUAGACAUGGUUUGGAUAACGACAUAUAUGAAAAUGAAUUUAAUUGUGCUAGUGUUAUUCCCUGCAUUAGUUUUUGAAAGUGUUUUCAGUCAUAACAAUAUCUAUGAAAGGUCGUUGUUGACGAUGGCCUCUUCCCAACGCUCUGUUGCUAGACUGGACGGCGAUAUAAUUAUCGGAGCCCUUUUCUCAGUCCACCACCAACCCCCCGCUGAAAAAGUCCCAGAGAGGAAAUGUGGGGAAGUCAGGGAGCAGUAUGGUAUCCAAAGGGUGGAAGCCAUGUUCCAUACAUUGGACAGGAUCAAUUCUGACCCUACUCUGCUACCAAACAUCACCCUGGGUUGUGAGAUCAGAGACUCUUGCUGGCACUCUUCUGUGGCUCUGGAACAAAGCAUUGAAUUCAUAAGGGACUCCCUUAUCUCAAUUCGGGAUGAAAAUGAUGGAUCCAGGUGGUGUCUUGAUGGGUCAACCUCAUACCUCCCCCCAAAAAAGAAGAAGCCUAUUGCCGGAGUCAUUGGGCCAGGUUCUAGUUCUGUGGCUAUCCAAGUCCAGAAUCUACUGCAGCUCUUCAACAUUCCUCAGAUUGCUUAUUCUGCAACCAGUAUUGACCUGAGUGACAAAACCCUCUUCCAGUACUUCCUAAGGGUUGUGCCCUCUGAUACUCUUCAGGCACGGGCAUUGCUGGACAUAGUCAAACGCUACAAUUGGACCUAUGUGUCUGCAGUCCAUACUGAAGGAAACUAUGGGGAGAGUGGAAUGGAAGCAUUCAAGGAGCUCGCCUCCCAGGAGGGUCUGUGCAUUGCCUACUCUGAUAAAAUCUACAGUAAUGCUGGGGAGAAACACUUUGACAGACUGCUGCGGAAGCUGAGGGAGAGGUUACCUAAGGCCAGAGUCGUCGUAUGUUUCUGUGAAGGAAUGACAGUCAGAGGGCUGCUCAUGGCCAUGAGGAGACUGGGAGUGGCUGGAGAGUUUCUGCUAAUUGGGAGUGAUGGCUGGGCAGACAGGGAUGAGGUGAUUGAAGGCUACGAGCAGGAGGCUGUGGGCGGGAUCACGAUGAAGCUAAAGUCACCGGAGGUCAUGUCCUUUGAUGACUACUUCCUGAGGCUGCGACUUGACACAAACACCCGAAACCCCUGGUUUCCUGAAUUCUGGCAGUACCGUUUUCAAUGCCGUAUCCCAGGACACCCACUGGAGAACCAACAUUACAGAAAGAUUUGUACAGGCAAUGAGAGUUUAGAAGAAAACUAUGUUCAAGACAGCAAGAUGGGAUUUGUUAUUAAUGCCAUUUACGCUAUGGCUCACGGCCUGCAUGACAUGCAACAGAGUCUCUGCCCAGGCCACACAGGACUGUGUGAAGCUAUGAAUCCCAUUGAUGGCAGCAAGCUGCUGGAGUUUCUGUUGAAGACUUCGUUCCUUGGCGUUUCUGAAGAGGAAAUUUAUUUUGAUGAAAAUGGAGACACACCUGGCAGGUAUGACAUCAUGAAUCUUCAGAAUGUGGAACCUGGCCGGUUUGACUAUAUGAAUGUUGGCUCCUGGCAUGAAGGGAUCCUGGAUAUUGAUGACUACCGGAUUGAAAUGAAUAGGAGUGGGAUGGUGCGCUCUGUGUGCAGUGAACCCUGCUUAAUGGGACAAAUAAAGGUGAUCCGAAAGGGAGAGGUGAGCUGCUGUUGGAUUUGCACUGCAUGCAAGGAAAAUGAAUUUGUACAAGACGAGUUUACCUGUAAGGCCUGUGACCUGGGCUGGUGGCCAAACGAGGAGCUGACAGGCUGUGAAGAAAUUGUUGUCAGGCACCUCGAGUGGAGUACUGCAGAGUCCAUAGUGGCAGUGGUUUUCUCGUGCCUGGGAAUCCUGGUCACGAUGUUCGUCACCUUUAUCUUUGUGCUGUACAGAGACACUCCGGUGGUCAAAUCCUCCAGCCGAGAGCUCUGCUACAUCAUACUGGCAGGGAUUUUCCUGGGCUACAUCUGUCCCUUCAUACUGAUUGCGAGGCCCACUGUGGGAUCCUGCUACCUUCAGCGACUCCUGGUGGGACUCUCCUCAGCCAUGUGCUACUCUGCUCUGGUGACCAAAACCAACAGAAUCGCUCGGAUCCUGGCAGGCAGCAAGAAAAAGAUCUGCACCAGAAAACCAAGGUUCAUGAGCGCUUGGGCUCAGGUUGUCAUUUCGUCUAUCCUAGUCAGUGUGCAGCUUAUGCUGGAGGUGACCCUUGUCAUCCUGGAGCCUCCCAUGCCAGUCCUGUCUUACCCCAGCAUCAGGGAAGUCUUCUUGAUCUGUAACACCAGCAACCUGGGAAUGGUGGCCCCUAUUGGAUACAAUGGGCUCCUCAUCAUGAGCUGCACUUACUAUGCUUUCAAGACCAGAAAUGUCCCUGCCAACUUUAAUGAGGCCAAAUACAUAGCUUUUACCAUGUAUACCACCUGCAUCAUAUGGCUGGCCUUUGUGCCUAUAUAUUUUGGCAGCAACUACAAAAUUAUCAGCACCUGUUUCUCUGUGAGCCUGAGCGUGACAGUGGCACUGGGGUGCAUGUUCACUCCCAAGAUGUACAUUAUCAUUGCCAAGCCAGAGCGGAACGUCCGCAGUGCGUUCACCACCUCCGAUGUUGUGCGCAUGCACGUGGGUGAUGGAAAAAUUGUCUGUAAGAACAAUGGCUUACUAAAUAUGUUCAGGAGGAAGAACAACACUACUGGAAAUGCCAAUUCUAAUGGAAAGUCUGUGUCAUGGUCUGAACCAGGUGCAAGACAGCCACCAAAGGGGGAGCAUAUGUGGCACAGGCUGUCCGUUCAUGUGAAGAGACAGGAGGCAGGGUCGAAUCAGACAGCAGUCAUCAAACCCCUAACUAAAUCCUACCAGAACAAGAGCCUCAACUUCUCGGACAUGAGCACCAAGACCUUGUACAACGUGGCCGAAGAAGAUGAAAGCGACCCUAUUAGGUACAACAGGCCCGACAGCCCUUCCAUGAUGGUGCACAGACAAAUUCCCUCCAUGGGGUCACCAAAGGAAGGGGAGCAACCCCAGCUGUACACACCAGAGCACAUGCAGAACAGCUUCCUUCCCGAGCAGGUCAUUAUGGACCAGCUUGUCAGCAAGUACACCACAAACACCCCGGACCACAACUCCAUGAUUACCCUUCCAGGCCCUGGGAAUGGAGUGAGGCCUAUCUACCAGCCCCACCUCAUGCAACAGGUCUUUCCUCUUCAGAUGACCACCUUCAGUGAGGAGCCAGUUUCCCCAGUUGAGGAGGUGGACAGUGAGCAGUUCAACCUCAUUCAUGGCUACAUGUACGACAACACAGAGAUCCAUGAGGAGGAGGAGCUGGUGCAAAGCAAACUGACACUGGAUGAUUCCCCGGCCCUGACGCCCCCCUCCCCUUUCAGAGAUUCGAUGGGCUCUGGCAGCUCGGUUCCAAGCUCUCCCAUGUCUGAGUCAGUGCUUUGCACACCUCCAAAUGUGACAUACGCAGCUGUCAUUCUAAGGGACUAUAAGCAAAGCUCUUCUACACUUUAAGGCAAAAAAUGGGCCAAAAUAAAUACAGACCAAUUCAGAAACUUGUGAGUAAACAAGGCCGAAGCAAAAAAUAAAGCACAUGGAAUGUCAAACAAUUCUUUCAAUUUUUAAAGGGCUGUUCAUGCCUUUUUACUUUGGUAGAUUUAAAAAUAAGAAAACAAAAACUUUAAUAGCUUACGUAACAAUAAGGCAAGGAUGAAGCACAUAAGAAAACAGAUAAUGAUGUGUACAGUUCUUAUUUUUACAAUAUCAAAGAGGGCACAGCAAUCCUGAAGAAAUGUAUCCUUUUUCACUCUGAAGCCUGUGGAGAAAAUUUUAAUUGAAAGUAAUGGCUGGAAGAGAAUUAAUUUGUGUGCAGCAGAAAGUAUUGUGACAAAAGACAAUUCUCUGUAUAGCUGCAACCUUGGACAAAGGCAAAAGAACAAACACCAAUGGCAGAGCUAAAAGAAGCCCAGAAUGGAUCUCUAUGUACACACAUGCAAGGACUGUGAUUCUUUAUGCUCAUAUAAAAAAAAAAUGCAGGAGUCUGAUUUUCAGCAGCUUGAAAUUGUGGCCUCAUAAUACAAAUUCUUUUUAAGACUGAAAAAUACAGAUAAAUAGAGGAAUGUCAAAUUUGCCCUUGUGUAGUAUUUAUUGAAAACAUUGUUAAAAUGUUAAAACCAUCUUAAUUUAGUUUUCAUCUUCCAAUGCAUGUUUGAUUGAAUAAUAUAGUAGAGAUAAUAUUAACAAGUCCCUGAAUAGAUAAUCACCCCAUCUUCAAAUCUAUGCAGAAGAUGAGUAAACUUUCCCACAAGGGCAGUUUUAUUGCAAGUAUUAUUAACUUACAAACAAUCAGUGUUGUAUUAGUCUUAGCCAUCUGCAGUAAAAUGAAAAGGGAAAAUGCCUAAACCUAGUCAUUCUGCAUUGGAAGUAAAUAAAAGACCUCUAAUUGUAGAUUACGCAAUAAAAGAUUUUGCAUAGAGGGGACUAUUCUAUUUUCAAGAAUUCCAAGAUAAGUGGGUAACCGGUUUGUCUGUUUACUGGGGGAAAAAUAAACAAAUUCACACCUCCAGUGAAAUGGAAAGAAAUCUCCCUAACCCCUGUUGUUCUGUGUUAGUGGUGUCACUGUAUUUAUACCAAGAUAUUUAGUAAGAAUAGUGGGGGGAGGAAUUCUCCACACAUGCCUCACUCCAUCCUCACCUGCAUAUGACAUCCAAAACAGAAAAAAUUGCUCUUGCUAAAUUUUGAGCUUGAGUUGUGACUGCUUUCUAAUAAGAAAAUGACUUAAAAUUAUGUAUAUGAUGUUCUUAAUAUUUUUGAGUUCCUCAUGUUUUUUAUGUCCAUUGUAAUGAUUUUGGAUCUUUAAAAGUUUGCAUUAGUCAGAACGUGCUCUUUCAUACAAAAAUAUAUGUUUAUAACAUAUAAUUGCUUAUAUAUUUGAAAAUGUGAAGUAACAAUAAUCUUGGAAUUGUCUGCAGAUGUUUUGUGGAAAAGUAAAUGUUAUUAAAUUUGGGUGACUUUUGAAAGAAGAAACAUACAAGUCAGUAUUAAAAAUCAUGAAAGCUAUAGUUUUAAAGUAUAUCAGUUUGUACUGUAGUUGCUUCUGGUGAAAAGAUAUUAGAGUGAAUACAUUGCUAAUAAUAAUGUACUCUAAGGUGAAUAAAUUAAAGCAGAAUUCUUGAUACAAAGUUAGUAACUUAGCCAUUAGAAUGCAACUGUCUAAAGCAUAAACAGUAUUAUUGCUAAUAUUAUUUUAUAUUAUGAUUAAUGUUAUGAUUAAUUAUUAUACAGUAUAUUUUAGUGAAUAUAAUAUAUGCAGUUUCACAAAAAUAAAAAAUAAAAAAAAAUGUAGCUAAUAGGAGGCUCUUCUGUUUGACAUGUUCUGGGCUAUUCAUGAAAAAAAAAAUUGUCAAGAUUAACAAUGCUGUAAAAUAAAUAUUUUCUAGUUA